AUGUCCACGUCAGCAGGAGCCGAAGACAAGACGGUCACCGGCUACCCGGCUCAGCCGGGUCAAGUAGCAUCCGGCUAUCCUGCGGCCACCGCUUAUCCGUAUGCAGCCCCGCAGCCACCGCCUCCACAACCCUACGUCUUCCACCAACACCACCACCCGGGACCCACCUACUACGCUCAGAGUAAUUACAACCAGCGGCGCCCUUUCAUGCGCACCUUUCUCUGCCGUCUGAUCGUCGCGUUCAUCGUGGUCAUCUGUCUCAUGGGCCUUAUAUCUUUCAUCACCUGGCUCGUACUCAGGCCACGCCUUCCCGAGUUCCGCGUCGACUCUGCCUCAGUCCCAAAACUCAAUUCCACUCGCUCCGAGCUAUCCGGCACCUGGGUCGUCUCUCUUCUCGUCAAAAACCCUAACAGCAAGCUCUCUGUUACUUAUGACCGCCUCCAGGCCUAUGUAUUCUACGGGGAAGAGGUUCAAUUGGGAUCUACUCAGUUGCCUCCGUUCUCCCAAGGAAAGGGGAAUGAAUCGUCCGUUCAGUUCCAACUCAAUGUGAUGAGCGAGUACGUCGGUGAAGAUGUAGUCAAUUCGAUAAACAAGGAAAGGAAUCGUGGGCUUGUGAAUUUUGGGGUUAAUGUCUAUGCCUUGGUUAGGUUUAGGACUGGAGUUUGGAGAAUGAGACAGCAUCUGAUGAGGGUUUAUUGCAACCCCGUGGGGAUCGGUUUCUCCGGUAAUAAUGGGACAGGAACUUUGGUGGCUCAAUCGAGGCAGUGCGAGGUUGAUCUUUGA